CUCCCAACAGAAGGCUACUAUAUAUGAAGAUGAAUGAGUCAUAAUUCAGUCUCUGUGUUUUAAUUACAACUUGAGCCAUUGUAUUGGAGGAUUUAAUGAGAGAAGGAACCCUCAAGCAAUGGAACAUAGUAACCACACCAGAGUGACUGAGUUCAUUGUGCAGGGGCUCUUUGACCAUCCUCACCACCAGAGGCUGUUCUUUGGGCUAUUCCUGUGCAUUUAUACAGCUGUUCUCAUGGGCAAUUCUCUGAUCAUUGUGGCUAUUGUCAUCCACCCACCUCUUCACACUCCCAUGUACUUCUUCAUCACCAAUUUAGCCCUGAUUGAUAUUUUGUGCACUUCCACAGUUGUACCUAAAAUGCUGGAAAACCUGAUGCAGGAGAAGAAAACCAUCUCCUUUGGAGGCUGCAUCACCCAGCUCUUUGUCUUAACAUCAUCACUGGGGACAGAGCUUCUGCUGCUCACUGUCAUGUCAUAUGACCGGUAUGUAGCCAUUUGCCACCCCUUGCAUUAUGUAAAACUCAUGAGUAAGGAAAUUUGUAUCCAUUUAGCAGCUGGUGUCUGGGCUGUCGGUACCUUCAAUUCACUUAUCAACGCAUUGCUUGUACUGCGCCUGGAUUUUUGUGGGUCCCACCUAAUCCAGCAUUUCUUCUGUGAGAUCCCAACAAUACUGGCGCUGUCCUGCAGCUCCACCUACCUCAACGAAAUCAUGAUAUUCAUGGCUGACAUUUUCCUGGCCAUGGGGAACUUCCUUCUGACUACUGUGUCCUAUAGCUUCAUUAUCAUCACCAUCCUGAAAAUUCAGAGCUCCAAAGGGAAGCAGAGAGCCUUUUCCACCUGCUCCUCCCAUCUGGUUGUGGUCACCUUGUACUACUCCACCAUAAUCUACACCUACAUCCAGCCGACCUCCAGUAACACACUGGAUAAAAACAAGAUGGUGGCCAUAAUGUACACCCUAGUCACUCCCACCCUGAACCCAGUGAUCUACAGUCUGCGCAAUAAGGAGGUCAAAGUGGCCAUGAAGAGAAUCCUUCCAUUCACCACAAAAAGUUAAUUCUUCCAAGUGUGAACCUGAUUAUCACAUGCUUUGUUCCUUUUAAGCCAGGUCCACAGGUGGUGUACGUUAUUGCAAAUCUAUGAACUUCAUGAGACAUAAAUUUGCACUAUGGUCCAUUCACUUGAAUAGAACUACAAUGAUUUAUGCCAGGUGGGAAUGUGUUGCAUUGACUGCAGUGGGGCUAUGGUGAUUUACAUUAGCUGGGGAUCAGACCCCAUGGAAUACACUAGCUGGGCUGUCAUGUUGGGUCAGAAUUUUAAAGGUAUUUAGAUACCCAGUGGGAUUUUCAAAAUCACCUUGUCACCUAAUAUGCACUGAUUCCAAUGCAAGUUAGGUACUCCAGAAAAAACCUUUAGGUGUUGAAAUACUGACAAAAAUCUGGCUCAUUGUGGAGCACAGUAUGGAAAAUACAGUCUCAUAAAAUCACAAGAAUACAUUCUCUGUCUCCUUGAGUAAAUAUGAUAACAAAUAUCAAACUGACUUUCUCUCUGUGCCUUAUUUUCUUAGGAGACAUUAAACCCCAGAAACCUCUCAAACACAGGUUUGUUGAGUUCUGGAGGUCUCCUGUCCGUCUGUCAUGUACUCAGAUCAGAGAUUUUAAUACAAGAAUUUCUAUCAUCUAACUAUUUUUUUUCAAAAGACAAAUCAUGUUAAGAAGUUAAUGUUUCA